UCCAUUGCUCUCCACACAUCAGCAACUAUAUAGCAAGCAAUUUCACUCAAACGCCAAUCUAUUGACUUAUGGCUCUUUCUUUGAAAGUCGUCUCUCUCCUUUGCAUGUCUCUUCUUCAAUUCCAAUCUCCGGCGAUCGCCGCGACAUCAUUCAUCAAAUCUAGAGCUGCUUAUUAUCCUAAUUCUGAACAAAAUGGCACUGCAGAUGGCGCAUGUGGGUAUCGUUUGUAUGGAGCGACUCUCAAUGGUGGUGAUGUUUCAGCUGCUUCUGAUCUCUAUCGCAAUGGUGUUGGUUGUGGUGCAUGUUACCAGGUGAGGUGCACGAACAUCAACUAUUGCUCAGAUAAUGGUGUGACCAUUGUGAUAACGGACUUGGGUUCGAGCGGUGGCACCGAUUUCAUAUUAAGCCAACAUGCUUUUGCAAGGAUGGGGCAGACCGUCGACACCGGCAAAUCUCUGCUUGAUCUUGGUUGGGUUGAUAUUGAGUAUGCCAGAGUUUCUUGCAGCUACCCAAAUAAGAACAUAACCAUCAAGAUUGAUGAGAGUAGUAUCUACCCCGAUUACUUGGCCUUUGUCAUAGAAUAUCAACAAGGAAUCAAGGACAUCAUAGCAGUUCAGUUAUGCGAGACUGUGAGUUUAACAUGUAAGCUAUUAGAUCGAAGCCGUGGCACAGUAUGGGCUGUUGUCUCUCCUCCUAGUGGCCCUCUAUCUGUAAGGAUGCUUUUGAGCAGUAACGAUGACAAUGAUGAUGAGAGUUGGGCGACGCCUAUCAAUGAUAUUCCAGUGAAUUGGACACCUGGAACUAGCUAUGAUUCUGGGAUGCAAAUAAAUUAAAAGUUGGUUGAGAUGUUUUCUGAAUGUUGAUCGAUUGUAUCAACAUAGAUUUUAUCUACUAAUAAUUGCUUGAUUUAUAUUAUUUGUUAGUUGAUGUUUGUGUUGCUGAAAAGUUUUGUUAUUUGUUUUCUGAGAAGUUAGAUGUUUAAUUGGAAGUUUGAAAUAAUAUUUUAGUUCAGCAUCAAA